CAAAAAGAUUUAAGAAUUACAAUAUACAUACUGUAUCUGUUUCUAGGUACACACGCUAAUUUCAAUUCGAUUCCGAUCUUAUCAAUUUAGCAUCAUGUUCUACGAUAACCCAGAGAUUAUGUACGAAAAUCCUCCACCCCCAAGUGAAGAUUUUGAAUAUGAUUUUGAACCUCCCGUUUUCAUAUUCCCCAGAGAAGCUCGAGGAAUGAAUUCAAUUGAGAUAGAUUCUAGCAUAGCUUACUUGGAAAUUAUUGACUUUAGUGAAGAAUAUGAAGAAGACUUCAAUGAAAUUAUGAAAAAAUAUGAAAGUAUUAAAGCUACUGAAAAUGUAAAAAGAACUGAAGAUGCUGAAAAAGCGCAACACAGCGAAGUUGGCGAAAGUGUGAAAAGCACAAAAGACAGUGAAAGUGUGAAAAGCAGGAAAGAGAGUGGAUAUACGAAAAGCAGGAAAGAGAGUGAAUAUGCGAAACGCAGAAAAGUGAAUGAAUACGCGAAAAGCAGGAAAGAGAGUGAAUAUUUGAAAAGCAGGAAAGAGAGUGAAUAUGCGAAAAGCAGGAAAGAGAGUGAAUAUUUGACAAACAGCAAAGACAGUGAAUAUACGACAAGCUCGGAAGACAGUGAAUAUGCGACAAGCAGGAAAGACAGGAAAUAUGUUAAAAGUAGGAAAGACAGCGAAUAUGCGAACAGCAGGAAAGGCAGCGAAUAUGUGAAAAGCAGGAAAGACACCGAAUAUGCUAAAAGUAGGAAAGACAGCGAAUGUGCGAAAAGCAGGAAAGAGAGCGAAUAUUCGACAAGCACCGAAGACAGCGAAUAUUCGUCAAGCACGGAUGACAGCAAAUAUGCAAAAAGCAGGAAAGGCAGUGAGUAUGCAAAAAGCAGGAAAGGCAGUGAGUAUGCAAAAAGCAGGAAAGGCAGUGAGUAUGCAAAAAGCAGGAAAGGCAGUGAAUAUGCGAAAAGCAGGAAAGAGAGUGAAUAUUCGACAAGCAGCGAAUAUGCGAAAGGCAGGAAAAGCAGGAAAGAGAGUGAAUAUUCGACAAGCAGCGAAUAUGCGAAAGGCAGGAAAAGCAGGAAAGAGAGUGAAUAUGCGAAAAGCAGGAAAGAGAGUGAAUAUUUGACAAACAGCAAAGACAGUGAAUAUACGACAAGCUCGGAAGACAGUGAAUAUGCGAAAAGCAGGAAAGAGAGUGAAUAUUCGACAAGCAGCGAAUAUGCGAAAGGCAGGAAAAGCAGGAAAGAGAGUGAAUAUUCGACAAGCAGCGAAUAUGCGAAAGGCAGGAAAAGCAGGAAAGAGAGUGAAUAUUCGACAAGCAGCGAAUAUGCGAAAGGCAGGAAAAGCAGGAAAGAGAGUGAAUAUGCGAAAAGCAGGAAAGAGAGGGAAUAUUCGACAAGCACGGAAGACAGCGAAUAUGCGACGAGCACGGAUGACAGUGAAUAUGCGAAAAGCAGGAAAGGCAGCGAAAAUGCGAAAAGCAGAAAAGGCAGUGAAUAUGCGAAAAGCUGGAAAGAGAGUGAAUAUGCGAAAAGCUGGAAAGAGAGUGAAUAUGCGAGAAGCACGAAAGACAGUGAAUAUGCGAAAAGCACGAAAGACAGUGAAUAUGCGAAAAGCACGAAAGACAGUAAAUAUGCGAAAAGUAAGAAAGACGGUGAAUAUUCGAAAAGCACGAAAUAUAGUGAAUAUUCGACAUGCACGAAAGACAGCAAAAAUGUUGAAACCACAAAGACGGGAAGAAUCGCGGAAGAAGAAAAAAUUGAAGUGGAACAAGAUAGAAACCAAGCAGAAAGUCUUGAAAGUACAUGGGACCAUUAUUACUGUGAUGUUUGUAACCUUGCUUUGAAUAAUGCAUCAACUUUCAAUGCACAUAUGAUAGGAAAAAGACAUAAAAAAGCUGCAAAAUUAUUAUUUUAUAUGGAGACAUCCAAGGCUACUGAAUCGGAUACCAUGGACUUUCAGACUUUCCCUAUACAACCUGGCAGGGAGCGCAUUCAAUUGCAUGAAGAGGAAUCAAAAAUGCAAAAAGCUUGUGAUAAUUGUAACCUUCUUAUUGUAGGUUUGGAUAAUAUUAUGGAAAUAAGAGGGUAUAAGGAAGUAAAGUAUUUCUGUGAUCUCUGUCCUGCUACAUGUGCCGUAGUUAAUCUUAUAGAUCACAUUGCUGGAUAUAGACACCAAUUGAGUUGUCUAGAAAAGUAUUACCCUGAAACCUACUUUUGGAUUAAAGAUAGAAAAAACAAAAGAACAGAUAGAGAAUUAAAGUUAAAAAUGAAAAAGUUACAAAUGGAAAUUGGGAGAGGAAAAAUAAAGGUUUUUAAAGAUGUCACAAAAAGUCAAAUGCAUCCUGAGCUUUAUGAUCCUUCUAAACCUACUACUAGCUCUGAGGAACCAGAUUUACCUCCAGAAAAAUUUGUACAGACUUCCACAACAAAAGAUGAACCAAGAGCAACUGAUGAAAAGUUUCUGACUAAAGAAUUUGGAGACUUUUAUUGCAAACUAUGUGAUUCACACAUGAAUAACUUUAUCGUAUGGGAAAUUCAUGCUAGAGGAAGAAGGCAUAUGAAGAACAAGAAGAUAGAAUUGGAAGGUUUACCUUUAGCUAGUGCUUUUCGCGAAGCACCUCCCGACAGAAUUUCUCAUUUAGAAGAAAUGCUAGCUGAUUGCGACGACAUAAUAGUUGGUUUAAAUUUUAUCCGGGAGAAUCAAUCCAAAAGUGGAGACUAUUAUAAUUGCUUUCUCUGUGGUAGCACAUGCUCACAUAGGGAAAUUGUGGACCAUCUUCAUCAAAUGAAACACAAGGAGAAAUAUCUAGAGAAGUUGCUUGCUUCAGGGCAUCAUAAUUCUAUAAAUCAUAUUCAGCAAUUAGCUGUUGGUAAGAUUGCUAAGGAACCACUUAUCGAUGACGAAUGUUCAAACAUGAUGGCAAAACAUGGCAGAGGGAAACCUAUUAUUUAUGAAGUGUAAAAAAUUCUCUGAAGAAAUUUAAGGGCAUAGACAAAAGGGUGAAUACCUGGAAACUAUCUGGGGAAAAUGAUUUAUCAUAAUUUUACCAACUCAACAGCAAAGCAUAUUUGAAUUAUGUUCAUGAAAAUUUGUAUUCUUUUUCUAUGGUUAUUACUUUCUGUACUCUAUUUUAUCAUUGUUCAUUUUUUAUCUCAUUCUUUUAGGUUAGAUUUUUGUAUUUUAUAACUAAAGAAACCAGGGUACUAAUGGUAGCUCUACCAUAUUAAUGUCAUUAACUGAAUGUGU